GAGGCCGAGUAGAAAAAAGGGAUAAGAAAUUAGAGUUCGCGAGACCAGAGAAAAAAAUGGCGCUAACCCUAACGAACACCUUCUUGCAGGCUAGAAUCUCUCCUUCCACCACUCUCCCAUCCAAGGUGAGAGUGGGAAGAGUGAAAGUGGGGAAUGCACGAGCACCCCAAUGGAGUUGUAGAAAGAAAGAAAUACAUCCAGAGUUUCAUGAAGAUGCUAAAAUUUAUUGUAACAAUGAAUUGGUAUUAACUACAGGAGGAACACAAAAAGAGUAUGUGGUUGAUGUAUGGUCAGGUAAUCAUCCAUUUUAUUUAGGUAAUAGAUCUGGUGUACUUAAUGAUGCUGAUCAAGUUGAGAAAUUCAGAAAGAAAUAUGGUGGUCUUGGUGGACUUGAUAGUAAGUUAAUGGAAAUUCCUAAUCUUAAAGGUGAGAUCAUUCUUCCUACUAAGAAGAAAGCACCUGGUAAAGGCAAGAAGAAAUAGGACAAUGUGGGGACUGGUACAAAUUAGGGUUCUGUUUUUAUGAGUAUUUGUUGUUGUUGUUUUCUUGGAUGAUUAAACCUGAAUUCAUGUUAAUUUGAUAUGUUGAACUGUUGAUAUGCUCACAAGUAUUAGUUCAAAUGUUCUCUUUUUGAUGAAUCAGUUGAGCAUGUCGUUGGUAUCAACAGCCAACAAUGUUUCUGUGCUACCAGAGCGAUGUUUGGUUUUAUUAAUUCUUGUUUAAAUGAUUUCUUGCAUUUCUGAA